AUGGAAGCCAAAGGUUUUUACCGCGAACGCUCUUCCAGAGUCGCCAAGACUCUCUUCCCACGGAACAAAAACUCACCUCGAGCCGUGGUGAAAAAACGGACUCCAGGCAAACGUUCGCCAGCAUCAUCUUUGCGGCAAGGCAAAACAGCAAAGCGUCUCGUCACAAAAAAAGCGGCAGCGGUUUCCAUGUCGCUGGUGCGUGACAAUAAGGACCGCUGGAUGGCAGACAUUGAACAGCGUCUAGCCGUGAGGACAGCAAAGCUUACUGCGGAACGAGCUCGAGUAGUUACUGUAGACUUCAAAAACUCCGCCAAGAUCGGGAGCGGCAUGAGGCUGCGUCAGCCCUCGCUACAACAGCAGCGUCUAAGAGCGCCUUUUGAGGAGAAAUUUCUAUCUGUUCUAAAGACAGAAGAGCCUGUGCGCAUCAGGUGA